AUGUCGGGCAUUGACAUCGCAGGACUCGUGCUCGGAGCUCUCGCCCUCGUGCUCAAGUCGGUGGACGAUUACAAAGACGGCAUCCGAAGAAUCACAACGCUCUUCAGGAAGCGUAAAUAUGUAGAGAAACUGGCGCGUGCUCUCCUCCAGCAGCAAUUGUUCUUGGAAGAGCUCAUAAAGUCCGUCGCACUGCAAAGUGGUUGCGAGCAUGUCCUGUCUGUUCAGUUGCUUGUCGACGAUCCUGUCCGCUAUCUCAGUGAUCCCGACAUCCAGGAGGAACUGGAACAAUUUCUAGGUCCGAAGCACUCUCACUUCCUUGUGGAAGAGCUCCGGACAAUCGGCGAGACGGUGGAGAAAGUAGCUGGUGGUAUAGCGGGGCUUGUACCUUCGAUCCAGGGCCCGAAAAAUGACCUCAGGGCAAUCAUCAAUGCCAACAAAGACAAGUCCAGUCUACGGGAUGACCUGGCUCCAAGGAUCAAAUUGCUUUUCGGUAUCACCGAUAUAAACACAAUGAUCGAAGAAAUCGAUGCAGGUACUGAGAAACUCGGCCGUUUUUCAAUGUUGAUACUAUCAAAUUGCAAAGCAAUGGGAAGGGACCCAUCUGGAAAAGGCACGAAACUCGCCAAAGCAUUCCGCCGAAUUCGAGAGCUGGCCGGUGGUCUGUACAGAGCUGUCCAGGAUGGUUUCCGCGAUCCGUGUCACGAAAGCCAUGAGGUCAGGCUCUAUCUCGACGACCGCAUCGACGAUGCCUCCAAGAUACUUCGGCGACGUGAUACGACAGACUUGGACACAUCUCUCUUAACUUUCGACCUCGUCUUUCAUGCCAGCAACCAGAAUAGCGACGUGCUGGUUUACCGAACAGCUGUGCGGGUCUUGAACGCAUACAAUAAUCCAUGUUUAAAUCAGGGCGACAGCAAUAAUUACAAUAACAGCCCUUCUGGUGUCCCGACGAGCGGUGCGGUGACCUUUUGCGUCACUCCAGCUUCCCCAACAAUAUCCAUGCAUCAGGUAGUCACCAUCACCAGCAUCUGUACUACUAUCAAGAGUGCAGGUAGCAUAAAGCCCCGACUUUCGUUCGUGUUGAUGGGGAAUCAGAGUAUAGGCCCCCUCCCAGAUGAUAAAAUCAGACUAGCACGGGGGGAACAUGGGGGAUAUGUAUCCCUCCGCCAGGUUUUGCGAGCCACAAUAACAACGCUUCCUAUCAAGCCCAGGAUGCAUCUUUCACUGCAAUUGGCCUCCAGCCUUCUUCAACUUCAACACAUGCAGUGGCUGGCACAGGCAUGGUCCAAAGACACAAUCUUCUUCCUCAAACCAAGCCUGUCGGCGAGACAGACCCAAGUCGACCUCGACAAGCCGUUCAUCACCCGUAGCUUUGAUCUUCAGCAGCGGGUUGAGACUCCCUCAGGUCCCAGAGAAACACUACUAGAACUUGGUAUCUUGCUACUCGAAAUAUGGCAUGGGACGACUCUGGAGACGCGCUUCGGGAUGGACCAAGCUUUUCGCUUGCCUCCGACCACUUACUAUGAGCGCCUUGGGCGAGCGUUGGAGUGGCAAGACGACGGGGGAAUGCAAGGGCUUUACGGAGAAGCUGUCUCACAUUGCCUAACGGGAAACCACGGGCCUGCGGGACAGAAACUCGACUGGGAGGACACAAAGCUGUGGGGCUCGAUCUGUGGCAAUAUCAUUGAGCCGCUUUCGAACCUCUGCAAACAAUUUUAA